GCGCCCCGCCCCGCCGGCCCCUCGCCAGCCGCGCGUCGUGCCUCUCCGCUCUUACUCCCUGACGUGCUUCCUCUGGGACCGCCGCGCCGUUGGAGGGUCCCCGGGCGACCCCAAGGGCAGUGUUAGGCAGAGGGAAGCCUGAGGAGACCCGGUGAACUGGACACAGCAGCAGAGGGUAGUGGAGCCUGCCCUGCACGCUCGGGGAGUAGAAGUGGGCGGGAGGCAGAGUAACGUGAGGGAGCGUGGAGUGAGCGAGCUCGGGUCCCACUUGAGCUCGGGCUCAGGACCCGGACAGGUCGGCCAGGGCCCCAAGCCGGCGUUACACCCGGUAUAAGGAGGACAGACCUGACGUAGAGGGACUGACCAAGCAAGGAGACAUGGCCUCACCAUUCCUGCCUGCGGUGGCCACCACAGGAGACAGCGGCGGGGAGCUGAGCUCGGAGGAUGACUCCUGUGAAGUGGAAUCCCCCCAUAGCCUUGAGACCGAGGAGUCCAGGCGCCUGACAGAGCUGUUUGAGAAAGCUGCCGCGCACCUCCAGGGCCUGAUUCAGGUGGCCAGCCGAGAGCAGCUCUUGUACCUGUAUGCCAGGUACAAACAGGUCAAAGUUGGAAAUUGCAAUACUCCUAAACCAAGCUUCUUUGAUUUUGAAGGAAAGCAAAAAUGGGAAGCAUGGAAAGCACUCAGUGAUUCAAGCCCCAGGCAAGCAAUGCAGGAAUAUAUUGCAGGAGUUAAAAAUUUAGAUCCAGGUUGGAAUCCUCAGAUACCAGAGAAGAAAGGAAAAGAAGCAAAUUCUGGUUUUGGUGGGCCAGUAGUUAGUUCUCUGUAUCAUGAGGAAACCAUCAGGGAAGAAGACAAAAACAUAUUUGAUUACUGCAGGGAAAACAACAUUGACCAUAUAACCAAAGCCAUCAAGUUGAAAAAUGUGGAUGUGAAUAUGAAAGAUGAAGAGGGUAGAGCUCUACUCCACUGGGCAUGUGACCGAGGACAUAAGGAACUAGUCACAGUCUUACUACAAUAUAGAGCUGACAUUAACGGUCAGGACAAUGAAGGUCAAACAGCUCUACAUUAUGCCGCUGCCUGUGAGUUUUUGGAUAUCGUGGAGCUGCUGCUGCAGUCUGGCGCUGACCCUACUCUCCGAGACCAGGAUGGCUGCCUGCCGGAAGAGGUGACAGGCUGCAAAGCAGUUUCCCUGGUGCUGCAGCGGCACACAGCUGGCAAAGCUUAAUCAAAAGACUGGGAAACCACAGUCUGUAAUAGUAUAGGGCUUCAAUUAUGAAAGAAAACUGCAAAAAUAAUACUCUUUUACCACCCAUGUUUGGUAUGCAUUGGCUAAUAAAAUCAGUUCUGAGGAACUGGGA